CUCACUUCCGCUUACCGUCAUGUCACAUGAUUUCAGUUUGUAGGAGGCACAAGACUUUAAGUUACAGCUACAAUUAUUAUAGGAGCGGAGAGACAUUUGCACAGUUUGGUGGGUGUCAAUUAGAUGAUCAUGCCUGGGCCGGAGGGAGACGCUGUCAGGGGGACCGGGGGCCAGGUGGACGAGAUUACAAUGGCACUGAUUGAUGCUGCACAUGACCGGAAUGAGGAGGCUCGAGAGAUCAUCUCCAACUCGCUGUAUGACCUCGGCAAGAAGAAACCGUCUCUGGUUCUGAGCUCAUGUUAUACAUAUCUUAAAAAACACAAUAAGCUGUCAACAGAUCACCGUAUUGUGAUACUCAACGCUCUGGAGCGUAUCCUGAAGGAGGUCCUAGAUAACAUUGAUGUCAACCUGGCUGUUGACCUGAUCCACCAGGCUGCAGAUGAACUCACACAGUCUAAGGAAGUAGAGCCUGAGUGGCAGACGGCAGCCAGUGGCGUUCUGGUUGCUUUGGGAACCAAAUAUUGUGAUGAGGUGAUGGGGGAACUUCUGGACCGAUUCCAGCCUGGUGUCAUUCCACACUUUUUCGUUGUACAGACCAUUGGCAACUUGGCGUCUGCUAAUGUGUAUGCCAUGGUGCCACAUCUGACGGCCGUGCUGGGCACCAUGCUGCCCAUGCUGGGGAUGAUCAAGUUCGACAACAUGAGAUGGGUCUUCACUUCAGCCUUGUCCAGGUUCAGUGAAGCAAUCCUGGAGUACAUCGCCAACCUUGACAAGGCCCCGGACUCCUCCAUCACCAAGGAGAAGUUCUCAGGGGAGAUAUUCUCGGCCUACGACAUCAUCUUCAACAUCUGGCUGCAGUCCAAGGAGGCGAAGCUCCGUCUGGCAAUAGUUGAGGCGGUGGGUCACAUGACACACGUCAUGGACCAGGACAAGCUGGAGGAACAGUUCCCCAAGAUACUGCAGGGCAUGCUGGGAUUGUACCGGCGCCAUCCGGAGCCGUACCACAUCACUCAGGGUCUGUGCAUGGUCCUCGAUGCAGUGUGUAAGGAAGAGAGCCCCAUUCUGGAGCCACACUUUGACAACCUCUUCAAUAUUCUCUUUGCACAGGUACUGCAGGUUCCCGACUACACAAACCCACUGAGUAUCAAGAACCACAACGAGCUUCUCAGAUCGUUUACCAUCAUCGCCCGGUCAUUUUCGGGGCGACUUGUUGGGCUGCUGCUUCAGAAGUUGGAGACGACCAAUGAGAAGACAAGGAUUGGUGUCCUCACCAUCUUCAAACACAUCAUUAACUCUGCAGGCCCCUCCAUGGAAGACAAGAAGGAGGUUGUUGUGUCUGGACUGAAGAACCUCUGCCAGGACACCAACAACAAGGUGAAGAAAGUGUUUGCCCAGGUUGUCAUAGCAAUGGCUCACCAUGGUUACCUGGAGUUGGAAGGGGGACAACUCAUGGUGGAAUUUAUUGUCAGACAGUGUGCUCUUCCUGACGACCCACCGGGUAAGAGGCCUGCAGACCCAGAAUGGGUGUCCAACAAGGCAUUACGCAGCAUGUGCGAGAACAUCCUGCAGCUGGUUACCACGACAAUAGAGAGAAUGGAGAUUGUGCUGUGGCCGUACCUGCUGGAGCUGAUUGUCCCCGAGCAAUACACGGAGGCAGCAGGUGCCCUCUGUCGAAGUCUGGCCUACCUGUCCACCAAGAAGAGGGAGGAGAAUGCUGACGAUUAUGAAAUCGACUAUGAAACUCAAGCAAACAUUCCCAAGCCUCCAUCUCUUGCUGCCAAACUUGUUGUUCUGGCGGGUCGUCCACUGAAUGGCCGAGAACGAGGAGUGCACGUCCUGCAGAUGAUGAAAGGGAUCUCUACAAACAUCCACGAAAACCUGGUGGAGCUGUGGGAUACCGUCAUCCCGAAACUUGUCCAGUACUUGGAAGAUCAUCUGGAGGACGAGGGGAAAUGGUCGCAGAAGAACUGGGAAGACUUGCUCCUGAAGAUGCUGGCCAAGAGCCUCGACGUGAUUGACAGCGAGGAAUGGAUCGCGGAUUUUGGGGAACUGAUGGGUCAACACGUGAUCAUGUACCACAACGCAUCUGAGGAGAAGAACUUCCUGUACAAAUGUCUGGGCAUCAUCAUGAGGAAAUCCACAAAGAAGGACUUCGUCACCAAACAUCUGGACCUGCUCUUCAGCACGGUCAAACACACUGACCAGACGGAGAAAGAGGGCUGUGCUAUAGCUGUUGGCUUCUCUGCUGCCUCGCACUUAGAUGCUGUUCUCACCAAACUGGAGACUGUGGCCAAAAACGACACCGCCAAGAAGUCGACUGGGAUUCUCAGUGUGUUCAAGGGCUCUGACAAGUCGGAGGGAGUGCCGGAGAAGGUCAAGUCGACAAUCAUGCUGUGUUAUGGCUUUGUGGCUCUCUACUCUCCACCCACACUCAUUGUGUCAAGGAUGGAGGCUACCAUCCUCCGUACCAUCGCUCCAUACUUCCAGAACGUCAAGUCAAGCAUCAUCAUCAGCGUGGACCUGCGUCGUAACCUGAUCCACUGCAUCAGCCUACUCGGGCAGUGUUACACUCAGGACUGCAUGCAAUCUGUAGGCAUGUGCGCCUUACGGGGAGACAUGCUCUCCAGCCUACAGAAUUAUAUGAAGGCGGAGCCAGUCGGCCACCUGUCCAAUGAGACGAGAGCACUGGCCAUGAAUGCCUGUGCGACACUCAUUAAGCUUGACCCACGCCUGUCGGAGGCAGAGAUAUUUGACCUGAUCAAGACAGGGUUGGACUGCACACUAGGGCUGUCCCUGACUGGGUUCCCCUUGAAGAAGGGGAAGGAGGAGACAUAUGACGAGAUGCUGGAGAUGGAGGUGUUGAUGGACGCCACGUUCCAGGCGCUGUAUGAUAUGCUCACCUGCAUGCUCACCAAGAACCUCACGCCAGAGGGCCUCGAGACAAUAUUCAAGCACCUGGUGCCAUGGAUCCUGGAUCCCGAGGAACACAAACGGGAGAGGGCUCUGAAGACAUGGCAGAAUGUCCUUACCUUCUACCUGGAGCAGGCAGACAUCACAUCUGCAGAAAGGUUCAGCAAUGAGGGAAUAUUUCUGGCCAGGAUGAUUCCUCGAUGUACCGACCCCAGCAUCAACAUCCGUCUCCACGCCAUUGACUGCGUACAGCUCACUCUCAAGAUUGGACUCCGAUAUGAGGGUAACGAUGCAGAUCACAAGGACCAGAUGGUAGAAGCUCUUGCCACCCUGAAGGAGAGGUUGAAGAAAGGAGACCCCAACAUCCUGUUCAGUGUCAUCAACGACCUGUCAAAGGUUGUGUCCAAGAAGCUCCCAGCUGAUCACCUGCAGCCGUUCAUGGAGGUGCUUCAAGAGGGUCUGCUGGAUGCCCAGUCUCACAGCUCUUCCGGGGCAUGUGUGGUUCUCAAUGGUCUCAUGAAGACCCGUGGAAGCGAGCUGCAUAAAGAGGUGAGCAAGAUCCUCGACAACCUGUACGAAAAGCUUCGAUUCAUCCAGUGUCCGCAGACUAGAACAGGAACACUGCGUACAAUACGAACAAUGGCAUCUCACCACCUCAUCCCAGUCGUCACGACCCUGCUGGGAUACCCACUGCCUUACGAUGAACACAUAGUUGAGGUGUGGCACAUCAUUGCCCAGGAGUCCCAGUUGACAGCCAGCAUGAUCGACCACUUCCUGGACCUGCUACAGAAGAGUCUGCCUUACGAGGAGAAACCAGACCCACGAGACAAGACCCAGCUGAUCAAGACAGCAACAAUUAUCCCCCCUUGCUGUAAGUAUUAUCAAGUUACUUAUGCACUGAAGGAAAUAUUUGAGGUGGAGGAAUCUGAAGAACAAGUGUUGAAGAGCUUUCACAGACUGUUUGCAGCAUUGAUGGUGCGGGUGGGCUCGGCUGUUGGAGUUGGGCCUCCCAAAACUCAGGUUGAAAAAGAGGAGCCCAAACCAAAGGACAAGAAGAAAGCUGCAAAGGUGGAACAUAAACUCAUCAACCCAAGUCAUGCAGUGACUGAGGCCUUCCAGAAGUUCCUCCAGAGAGCCAAGAGCUUUGACAUGUGUGAGAGUCUGGAGAAGGAGAUGGUGUUUAUCAACAUGGAGGAUGAGAUGCUGUACCCAGAGUCCAUCACCACUCUAGCCAGAGUUCUGGUAGCAAGUACGGCAGAAGCAGCCUACACAUCCAAGAUUGUGGCCAAUCUCACGUCAGUUUUGUCCAGUCUUUUCGAUCCACAGAGGGUUGUCGUGGCUGCUUUCUUUGCUGAACUGAUCAACCAGAAGUGUGCUGGUGAUGACACGCUGGUGGAACUGAUCAUGAACAGCUUGCUGGGACGCCUCGUGGACUCGUCACACGUCGUCAGAAUGUUGUGUAUACGUGGACUCAGUAAUGUGGCUAGUGUGGGCAAGGACCAGGUUCAAAAGUACUCAACAACGAUCCUGUCGGCCAUGAUGGCUGGGAUGGAUGAUAAGGAAGAUCCCAAUGAUGACAUCACAAUUGAAGCAAUGAGCGGUCUGUCACGCAUCAUGUCCGAAAUUGACGAGAGCCAUAUCCGAGCCAUUCUCAUCAAUGUUGCACUCAAAAUUAGGCCUUGCUUUGAAAAGGAGAAACCAGCAGUACGUGCUCAGGCGUUCAUACUGUUUGGCAAUCUGUCCCGGUUCGGAGACGGUCCGUCUCGAGCACCCUUCCUUGAACAAAUACACAGUAACUUCAUCAGUCUUCUCUUACAUCUGAAUGAUCCAGAACCGGAUGUGAAGAAGGCUUGCAAGUAUGCCCUACGGAUGCUGGGGCCACUGAUAGGAUCAGAGGCUGUCAAUGACAAAUUUCAGAAACAUCUUCUGGAGGAGGCAAAUCUUUUCUAUGGGGAAUUCAUGAAUGACUUGUCCAAACUUAUUAUUCAAGAUUUUUCGGAAAAGACCAACUUCUAUGUGAUGGGCUGCGUUGCAUUCUUCAAAAGCCACUGGGAUGAAAUCAAAAGCAAUGCUGCAAUGUUUGCAGGGUUCAUGCUGGGUAAUCUACCAAAAGAGAAGCAAGGAAACAUCACAAAGGAACAUGUGUGUUCAGCUCUUGUUUUGCUGCUGAAGGAUAUAUCCCCACAAGUGAGAUGCAAGGCAGCAGAAGCCAUGAGCUUGUUGUAUGAUUAUUGAUGUCCCGAUAUCUUGCUGCACUGACUGAGGUCCCCACAGUUCUUAUAAGCAUGUACAAAACCCAGCGUCAUUGAGCUGUUGUACCACUACCAAGACCAGGUGUCUGUAUGUCAAACAAUCUGAAAGCCGAUGGACUUAUUGACUAAGUUCUCCCUAGUAUCCACUUAUGUCUUUCAUUUUCCACAUUCCCAUUUGUGAACUUCAGCUAUUUGUGAGCACCUUCUUAAACUUGAGGAAUCCUACAUUACAUAGUUAAUUUAGUCUAAAGUAGAUAGGUAGUAAAAUGAAUAAGAUAACUUUGUCCCCGUAACAUUACAUGAAGUCAUGUGUCACUCUUAUUUGAAUUAGAUCUAUUACUCCUUCACAUACGUAUUUUUAUGAACUGUCUGGGUAUUAGCAGAGAAAGUGACCAAUGAAGGUUUUAUCAGAUCUGAGGAAAGUAAGUAACACGUUAUAAUUGGGAUUACACUUUCUCAGUUAACUACAGUUUCUAGUACUUUUGUUGGGUUGAAUCCCAACUAGGAUUCGAAUCCCUCACUCUCAGAGCUAAGAAGUAUGAACUCAAAGUAAGCGAUGUGAUAGUAUUAAGGUUCAACCAUGUAUGCUUCUCUAAAGAAUCCAUCUGUUUUCAUAUCAUAAACAUACUGAAAAGAACCCUAGUCAUUGUGGUUGCGUGGAUAACAGUUGUGUGUAAUUUAUUACAACUGGAAAUGUUUAUGAAGUGAGUAAAUUUAAACGUUUGAGGAAAUGUGUAAGAAAGUCACUGCUUUUAAUACAGUUGCAACUGUACAUUUGUCUCACUAACAAAUGAAAGACAUAGUCCAGGAGUGCUUCGUGUGUAGAAAUUCCUGCUGGUUGGCAUCAUUCAUUAUCACAGUGUCACAGGAAUGGGGGAUAUACCCAUUUAUACACCAGUGACUGCUUGCAAUAUCAUUUGACAUAUGUAUUAUUAUUAUUAUUAAAGAUUGCACAGAUGAUUUUGUUAAUUUACAAGUUUCUUGUACAAGAUAGAAUCAUUUAGGUUGUGUUUUUGUCACAAAUGAUUUUGCAUGAUUGACUCAUUUCCGGUACAAAUUUAAAACACUUAGAUUUUGGAAAUGAAUUAAGAGGGAGAGUAAUUUUCAUUGUACCAUGAUUGUGUGUACCCAAUGGUUGAGCGAGAUUUGAAUUUUGGUCAUGAUCAUACUUUGAGAUGAGGUAUCCAGUAUGUGAGUGGUAGUCUUUAAUAUAACAAAAAGAAGUUAUGAAAGACAUUAGAAUGAACUUUAAUAGUGCUUGACAUGAAUAUUUUACUGCAUACUUUUUCAACCAUCGUAAAACUGUUAUUAUGGGGCUUCCAUGGUGCAAAUGAAGACUUUUGCUCAGAUCCCGUCAAACCCCAAUUCAUUAAAAAAGGUGCUAAUGUAGAGACCUUUAGCUAGUGCUAAGAACCUUUAUGUGUACAAUCAUGCUGAACAAAACAAGACGAAUACUCCUCCAUAGUGUACACAAUGAGACCUGAUACAGAAAAUGUACAUUGUUGACAUAUGUUGUUGUGUAAAUAGACAUUUUUAUGUUUGUUCUGUACAGACAAACUAUAUUUAUUAUUGCACUGUAUUGUCUCAUGAAGUAAACAUGAUAUACCACAGAAGAUACAUGCACUUUUGUAUAUUAAUACAGUGAUAUCAAUACACUGAUGUAUGACCGUAGUCGUUAAAAUUAGGACUGAAAGUCAAAGGGGCCUUGUAACAGCUUGUAGCUUGUAAUUACAACCCUGAUUGAAAUAGGUACAGAAAAUUAGUUACAGAUUUAAAUAUGGAUAUGACACAUUGUAUUUAUUCUCAAAAUAUGUAUACUAGUAUUACACAUACAUGGUUUAAUGUAAUUUGGCAUUUAUCAGUAUAUCUGAAACACUGUAGAUAAUGUUGAAAAGUACAUGUGUCUUAUGCAAUUAUCUGCUCAUUCUGAAAUGAGGCCAGUCGUAUUGGUUGUGUCUGUUACCCCACAGAUGGUAAUGUAUCGAUGUGUGAUGUAUGAAAUUUAUUAAACAAGAUGGUGAAUUGCUGUCUGUGAAUGUAAAUGUUUUCAAUUGAUUACUGGAAUGUCUAUGAGCUAGUUUUCCAUCAAAUCCAAAGUAGGUUCAAAUGUUCUUUCACCACAUUACAGUUUACAAUCUAAAUUGGAAAUUUACUUUACUGAGAUUUUGGACAAGACCUGGCAUUCAUGUUAGUGUAUGGUACAGAUAGUGCUAUGAUUGUUUGUUAAUGCAAUAAAAUUAUUCUUCUUAAUAUGAA